GUAUUCUACUCUCAACCCCAACCGCAACUCCUGAACGCAUCCGUCCCUUCAACAUGGCCUCCUAACAGAGCUGAUAUACGGACAAGUCACAUCCUUUCGUGUCAGGUAGCCUACAGCAUCCUUUGUGCGCACAUGAGCCAUGAAUCAAUACGGAUAUCAGACCUAUGGCUCAGGCCCUCCUCCGAACCAGAAUCAAAAUUGGCAACAAAACCAGAGUACGCAAUGGCAACAUACCGCACAAGAUCAGGUACAACAACAACAUCAGCAGCAGCAGCUACCACAAUCUGGCUACAACCCGGGGACCUAUGGAGUCAUGCCUGGCGCGCAACAGAACGGAGCGCCUGUGCCCCAAAUACCGCCCAGAGAUUCAAGCCAGCAAUAUUCACAAUAUAAUCAAAAUGCUCCUCCUCCUCCACCGAAACUUCCUGGCGUAUAUCAGUCGAACUCACAACAACAUACCUAUAGUGCUCCAACUCAACCGCAAAACUCGUAUGGCCAAAGCAAUGUGCCAUACCAGGUACCCCAACCACCUGUCCCACAGCCUUACUAUCCCCCUCCGUCAACGACACAGACUCCCGUGCAGUAUGGCUCCACGCAGGGUAGCUUCUCCGCGCCCUCACCUCCGGUUCCGUCAUCGAGCAUGCCGGGAAUGAGUGAGAGUAGACCUGCUUAUAUACCGCCUUCUCUAUCAGGCCAAGGCGUUGCGUCGUAUAUGCCGAGCAAUACAAAUCCUCUACCAGGUGUCUACGUUCCUCCUCCUCCAGAUGUUCCGGCCUGGACCCAGGCCAGUCAAAUUGCCCCAAAGAACAAAUUCAAAUAUACGCCUCCAGUCGUACAUCCCAACUACCAGAAUAGCACUCCAGAUUACGGCACGAAUCCAGCAGGAGUACACUCAUACCAACAACCUGGUGUCCCAUCCUCAGGACAGCAUAUGCCACCACAGAACCAACAGCAAUGGGAAAGCCAGGGACAGCCGCAGCAAUACGCCCAUACUGCCCAAGGCCAGUCUGAGUACACGAACCCCACUCCAAAUCAUACUCAGCAGAAUCUGUAUCAACAGCCGACCCAACAAACACAGAGUUGGAGUGGCCCUCAAGAGCCGAAUCCACAGCAUGUAUACAGCAAUCAGCCACAGUCGCAGCCACAAACGCAAAAUAAUUGGCAGCAGCAAAGCAUGAGUCAAGACAGCAACUUUCACACUUACCCACAACCUCAAAAUCAGCCAGAUCAUCGCCCGUCUAUUCCUAUUUCUCAGGAUUCGUAUUCAUCUGUCUCUUCGCCUCAUAAUGAGCCCAUAUCACCCCUUUCACACAGGCAAAGUAUGGACUUUGGUAGAAGCAAUCUACCCAUAAGGAGAGCGGACUCCCUUGGUCUAGGUCGUAAACCUGUAGGGUCAUCUGCAAGCUCAAUCAAGGAAGAGGCUGUGCCACCAACAGCCCAAGCUCACACUAUCUCUCCUGCGACACCGGCUGCGACCGGAGCAUCUGCUCUUGGGUUCGGGGGGCCCUCGGAUUGGGAACAUUUCGGCGCGGGCGUCGAAGAGGUUGAUGACACCGCAAGCUUUGAUGCGAAGGUCACUCAGGGACCACCGUCACCUAAAGAACAUAUCAGCGAACUUCCAAGCAACCCUUCACCUCCGCCACAUUCCGCAUCCACCCAGGAGGUGGACCAUCGCCCCGGACCUGCCACCGAAGGCUGGCCUACUCCACCAGCGCCUGCGCCUGCGACGUUAGACAUGCCUCCUCCGGGUCUCCCUACUGGGUACGACCCGAUUCCGCCACCAGAAGCCACACAUAGUUCGAACGCCAGUGUCGUCUCCAUUGAGCAAGGACGGAGCGGGACUCCAGCCCAGCAACAGUGGGACCGACGGUCUGCUCCAAGUUCUCGACCAUCUUCCAUAGCCAGCUUAAGACAGCCAUGGCAAAGGCCAACCGUCCCUCCAAAUAAGAUAUCGGAGACGACUAGUACCUCCAUGUCAAAUGACGGUGGCUUCGUGUCUCCUAGUCAACAUUCCAACCAGAUACAUCAAUCUCUCGGGCCUUCGUCUAACGAGAAUCAAGGAGCAUCAGCAGCGCAGCAACAGCACGACCCUCAUGAUCACUCUGUAAUGCAUGCUGCGCAUGUAUCUCCUGUGCUUGAACCGAACAACGAUAUCAAUAGCGGUAAUAAACCAGACGAAAUUGCCUCUCGCUUUGGUAUCGAUGACGGAUCACUGACCAUGGAGAGCAAGCAAGCCCCGGUGGAGCGCCAGGAUACUCCAAAACCCGGAACGCCACCAAAACCAAGAGAUCUUAUUCCUGAUCUUGACCCGUGGUACGCUGGCUCUUUGGAACGGUACAUUGAGAUGCUUCGGCAAGAAGCUGCGGCUCUAGCCGUUGAAGAUAAAAUAAGUAUCUUCAAAGGGUUCUUAGCUGCUGAAUCCCAAGCCCGCGGUAUACCUUACUACCACGACCUACCUGUUGGCCCAGUAAUCGCUGCAAUAUCGGAUACAGCGGAUGCACAGCUGAAAGACGAGCAUGAGGGGGCCGUGAUCGAGUCGAAACCAAGUCUGGAUGUGACUAGACCGAAGGUAUCUACUACCGUCGAUGAUUUUGUCCUUGUGAGCACCGAAGAGCAGUACAGUCCUGGUGGUCGACCGGUCAUGAUUGGUCGGUCUCAAGAUCAAGAUACACCAGCUUCAGACGUUCGUGAAAAUGACAGUAGCCGGCCACCGACGAGGGAAUCUCCGGAUGACCAGACAAAGUCUUUUGUAUCGCGUGAGAACCCAGAUCCAGCGCGGAAGGGGAGCCCGAGUAAUGCAUACACGCCAUAUCGCCACAAUUUGACGACCAGUGACUCCAACCAGUCUGCUAAAUUGACAUCUUCAGCUCCAGUCCCAGAUGACACCAGCCCACCAAGUACACAACCUACACAAGAUAUGCCCCCUCCGGGCUUCAAACCAUACACCCCUACGGAAGUACUUACCAGUGUGUCGAUGGUUGCUUCGCCUCACUUGUUUAGUCCGACUGCAGAGGGUCAUAGAUUUACGAGCUCCAAUUCGAGACAGGAGCAUGAUCUGUUCUUCAAUAAAGAGCCACCCAAACCGGAAGCAAAACUUAUUCCCUCGACUUCGAUCAGCCCCGCGACGCCAGUGGAUCGUAAGCCCGAUUCGCCUCCCAUUGACGUCCCUAAGGGAAACCCGCCACAGAGUCUACCGACGAAUCCUGAGCCAUCACAUGUGUCGACGUCCGUCCCAAAUAAACAAGCCGAUGUGCAUAACCUCAAGUCGAAGUUGCCGUCACGAAUACCUUCUGUAGCCCCGUCCCAUCCCCACCUAGCCAUGAUACUGGACGAUCUCCCUAAACGCUUUCCAUCGAACUUUGCAUUCAUCUCCGAGUUGACCAAGUCGUUCGAGGCCACCGCCAUGGUGCUGCGUCAGAAGAAUGAGAAAGAGCGCCAACAGCGACAAGAAGCCGAGGAGGCGCGUACGAACAGCUUAUUUGAUAACAAUGAAAUCAGCUACGCGGAUAUUGGUGUCCUUGAAGACAAGUUCAAGGCUGAUGAAGCGCAGCACAAGGCACAGGAAGACCAGGCAGAGUACAACAAGUACAACGAAGCUGUCUUCAACGAAGUGUACCUACGUCUGCAAAAGGAGAUCGGCGAGCUUAUGGAGUCCUGGCAAGAGACAAUAUCUCACCUCGAGCAUGGCCUUGCUGGCAAAGCCGCCAUCGAAGGCGGCUCCACGGAAGGCGAGCCCGGGACCACUUUUCAAGCUGUUCAAACGAUCCGCGCGCUGCACAGGGCUCUGGAAGAGCGUCAUGAUCGUGUUGCGGGUGCUAUUUCGGAACGCGAUAAGAAAUAUAAGAAGACACAAGUGCAGCCGCUGUAUGCAGCAGGCAAUAUCAAGAAACUGAAGGAAAUGGAGCGACACUUUGACGCCGCAGAGAAGAAUGCGAGCCUACAACACCGCGAGCAACGCGCUAUGCGGCUCAAGGAGUUGUUUGAUAUUGUUGAGUAUAAUGUGCAGCGUGCUGUAGAGCAGAACUUUUCAUACCGCAAAGAGAUUCUAGACGCUCUGCCUGCGGAAAGCGAUCCUGAAGUUCGUAAAACGGCCAAGGAUACAUUACGUCUCUUGUCGGAUAGCUCGAUGGAUCUCAUGCAGGCGUUGGGUGAGAUCGAGCGUGAGCUGUGUAAUGCAGAAUUCGAUGUCGAAGUCGGACGUACGCGUGCAAGGCCCGAGGCUGUGGACGAUGCUGUCAUCAAGAAGGUGGAGACGCAAGGGGCCAAGGAAGUAGAACGAGUGGAGCAAGAUGUCAGAGAACGUCUCGCGGUACUCGAAGAUGCAUGGAAGGAGGUCGAAAAGGCCUUUGAACAGUCUGAACAGCCAUCACCACCCACUGACGAUGGGCUAGAUGACAGAGCUCGAGCUCAAAAGAGAGCUCUCGAGGAGGCGAAGAGGAGGAAUGGGGAUCUUUGACUGGCAUAAUAUGUGAGAGAGAUCUGAGUUGGAAAAUUGCGAUUUGAGGAUUUUGCGCACAUAUCACGACCUUUCGGCAUUGCUCGCAUGGUGUAAGGCGCAUCUCUAUCUAGGAUACCAUCUAAAGUUGGUGUUUGGUUCGCGUCACAAUGUUCCUCUUGCGAGAAGGCUACUGUAUAUGUAUAUAGCUCUAUAGAAAGGGUGUUUGCAGUACCAAAUUCAGACCCAGCAUUCUGUAUGAGGCCCCGAGAUAGACAUCGCUAUAUUACAUGAUGCAUCUGUUCUUGAUUGGCGCCGAUUCAAGGGGCCUGAAGCUUCUACCAGUCCAUGGUCACCAGAUCCAG